ACGAACAUUGACUUUCUAAGUCAAACGCGACGAUGGACAUAUAUAGGCAGGUUUCUCAACCCUUCUGAAGAGCUAUACGAAGUAAUCAUCGACCGACCGGAGUCGUUGAUUACUUAAUCGGUACCGGUCCUGGGAAAUCGAUAGCAGCAAUGCCUUUGGGCUUUUUCUACCUCUCUCAAGAAAUCGAUGAAGAUGAAGGCUCUCGGGCAGAAUGAAAGGCCUACACUAUCGCACCAUCGCACCAUCAAUUAGAUGUUUUCUCUUCCACAAUUUGAGGAAAAAAUGCGAUGAUUUUUAUUUUGUGAGUACAUGACUGUCACGAAAUGCUUAAGCUGAGGCUUAAACUAUGCUCCGGACGCAGUAGACCAGCUUCCUCCCUCCCAUGAAGGAGAAGUGUAUACUUUAUUGGAUGACAAAUGAAAUCUUAAUACUCAGAUGGAAAGAAAUCAUAAAUGGAUGAUGAUUUCAAAAAUAUGUGUAAGCGAGCCGAAUACAUUGUAUAACUCUUACUUUUGAUAUUUCUUGUCAUUCUGACAUAGGCCCUACCUGACCGAAACAUUUCAUAACCAGUUGAGUGAUGAUCAUUGAUCAAAAAGAUUAUAUAGAUCCUCUAAUCUAUGCUGAUAUGAUUCACAUGCAAAUACCAGGAAAAUGUUGUCUAUGUUUCAUCACAUGAUGAGAGAGGACCUACUGAUUGCGAUAAUCAGGUUCGGAUUUAGAGGAGCUCUUCCGUUAGUACUUUUUACUGUUCAGUUUAUUCAAAAACCUAUAUCUUUUUAGAGUAACAUUUGCUAAAUAACAUUUUUCCCGAAUGUUCUCUCACUUCCCGGCGACGUCCGUACCAGCCUAUCAUGGGCCUCACUGAAGGAAAAUACCCACUAAAAAUAGAACUGGAAUACCACAUUAUAGUGACGUCAUAGAGAGAUUAUCGUAAAUGGUAUUGAACGAACUCGUGUACAAAGGCUCUUUGCUUACGGACUCACUCAUCGAGCAGGGAGGAUCGUUCGACUAGACUGAAAAGGCUUCGAAUUUUCGUACUUUUUGCAAACAUAUUCGGUUAUAUUCCGAAUCCCUUAUUCUUGUGUUCAAGGUUGGGAAUGACUAACAUGCCAUGGUUGGCAGGAAUGGCCACACAGGGUGGAUAUCAUGGGAAUAAUUCGCAACAAAAACAAAUUUUUAACGGUGGAAAAUCGCAGAAGCAGAAUGGAAGAAUCCAUGAUGUCGACGCCGGCCAUAUUGGUCGGUCGCAGUCUAAAACAUCAGAAGCCGCUGUUCAAACAAGUGCUUUAAAUGGAAAUACAGACGAAGGACUACCUGAAAAUGUGAAAUAUACUGCCAGGGAGUUGGCAAAAGACGUUGUACAUCAUGUGGCACGCACGAGAAAUUGUAAACCGUGUAACAAAUAUGCUAAAACAAUGCGGCGCACAGUCGCAGAAAUUUCAGAAAGACACAACAUUCUCUUUGGUAGUAUGGUGAAUAAAUUACAAAUAACAGAAGCUAAUGCCCAGAUGACUUUUACCAGUGUUUUUGAAGAAAUAUUUAUUGAUGAACAAGUAAACUGGGGACGUGUCGUAGCUGUAUAUGCUUUUGGAUCGCGAUUAGGGGAUUAUAGUGUGAAAAAUGGAAUGUCUCCAGAAUUUGUGGACAAGAUAGCAUGUUUCGUUGGGGAUUAUGUUGCAUCCAAACUUGGGCAUUGGAUAAAUGAACAUGGGGGUUGGGAUGCAUUUUGUGAUUACUUCCCCGAGUCAAAGGACUCUCUAGAGGAUAAGAUGUGGCGAGGCCUUGUGUUCACGGCGAUGGGACUAGGUGCUGGUGCUCUGGCAACUUUCAUGGUGGGAAAGUCAUAGUGAUUGUUGGUGCUUAUGACUUUUGAGUUUUGGAGGAGAGGUCAACUUACUUUUGCAUUUGAAACUGGAGUGUCUACCAAGAUUUUGGUUGAUGAAUGAAAAGAAAUAUGGCAGCGAUUCAUUUUCAGGAUACAGAAUAUGAUGUGAUAUGAACAAGCAGAUCUGAUUUCCUUGUCUUUUGAAGAUUAUACUUCUGCAUAGAAAGUAAAUGUUAAAUUGAUAUUCUACAUUAUUUCAGUUUUAAUCUGUACUACAAUGAACUUUGAGUUUCAACUGUAACCUAUUAUUGCCCUCCUUGAAUUUGGACUUUGAACUUUAUAUAAGAAUGUGCAUUUAUUAGUUAAAUUAGUGUCAUGUAUACAUUAUUGUAUUCAGGCCGCUUUCAUUCUUUUGAAAGAAAUUCAAAGUGGGUGAGAACUUGUAUUCAUAUUGAAGUAAGGUGCUAUAGUUGACCUCUGCUCAUGAACUUGAGGCCUUCAUCGAAUGAGAUGAUGCGGUACAAACCUCUGUGCAUAAUGACAGGAACGUUUUGUCAGUCACUCCAAAGAAAUUAAAAGUACAUACUGUCUGCGAACCUGAAAAUGUCUGUGUCAUCUCCUUCACUGGGGCAACAAGAAUGAAAGCUGUUGUAACUUUCAGAAAUCUAAUUCUUAAUGGAAAAUUUCACCUGUAGUCAAGACUACAAUGACUUCAGGUAAACUUUCGGCUCUAAAAUGAAUGAAAAUGAAGAGGAGAACGGUUAGGGAUCUCAUGCAGAUGGCAAGAAAUAUUUAUUAAAAUAUCAAAAGUAUGUGCAGCUUUUGCAAUUUUAAAUGGAAAAUUCAGUUCUGGUAGUACCUAAGUUGAUACAUUGAAAUGCAGUUCACAUCGGUGGAAGUGAAAGUAAAAACGAUAUUUUUUUGGUGUUACUGUUAGUUCGUUGUGAAAACUCAUUUUCAAGAAUAUUUGGUGUAAACUAUGUCACCUCAACCAUUCUGUAGUUUUGGUCCUUUUUUCAAUUAAAUAAGUCUUGCGUUUGCUGAUCCUUAAGUGUGCUUUUGUGAAUUCAUGGUGUUUAAUUUAAAACUUUCAGUGAUAUUUCUCGAUGUAGGCAGCAUAUGAGUUUUUUUUGUUUUAGAGGAUUUCUGAACAAGUCUAGCCUUGAAAUCUAAUUCAUGAGAGAUAUGUCCAUUCAAACCAAAAACGACUGGGGACUUAGCAGUGUUGGGUAUUUCAAAAUAUAUUUGCAUUUCUUUAAAAAACAUGGCAUGAUCUAACUAAAAAUCUAAAUUUGGACAUAUUCUCACUUUCCUGUUCUAUAAAUCCCGGGAUCUGGGUCAUGCAUCUUCCUGGAUCAACCAGGCCAUCUCUUUUGUUAGAACAGGAAGUUUUGAUAAAAAUAUAUUCAAACAAGGCCAUGCAGUGAAUAAUCUACCCGAUUUCAUCAGUCUUCAUUGAAAAAGGAUUGGAAAUGCAAUGAAGUUUUUUGUGUGUUUUUGGAGAUAACAAUUUUUAAAUACCUUCUUCAGCUAGAUCUAAAGUACAUGUAACAUUGCUCUACACCCUAUCUAUCUGCAUGCACUGUAAGUAAGUGUAAGGCGUGCAUGUACAAAAUUCCCAUUGUCGUCGUGAAUAAUAUUGUGAUCAUUGAGUUUGCAUUUGAAUCACCACCAGGAUCUUUUGAGUUAUUCAAAUAAGAAUAGGUUUUGAUACUGACCGUAACCCUGGAUAUUUUUAUUGUGAUUUUGCUGAUAUGAACCAAAUGACUGCCAACAGCUGUAAUUACCAAAAUUAGUCAUGAUUGUGCAUGUGACAGUUGGGUAUGUCUGAAACUGUGGCUUUAUGACUCUCGGUACAAAAUGAGGGUAACAAUAAUCUGGGGAAGGGGGGCAGGUUCAGUGUGUUUAGAGAUGCUUUGUGUUUCCCAAUUGCAAUAGUGUUCGCAUGGGACUUAAACACAUAUCAAAUAUACUCACCGCACUUCGUGACUUAGCUAUCAACAGGGAUUUGUAAAGUAUCAACAACCCUAUUUCAUGUUCUUUCCAAUAUAGUGCACCUAGGAAGUUGACCAUAUAAAAUUAUAGUAGUCAAUCAGUCUAGUUGGUACCGGUAUAUACAGAUGUAGUACAAAGCAGGCUGAACAUCAAUCGUGGUGCAAGAUAAUAAAUGGGCAUUGAUUAAAUAUAUUAUCAAUUUUUGUAAUAUUACAAGCAGUGUAUGGAGAAUGAAGACAAUAUGAACUGUGAUUGUUUUAUGGAGAAUGGUGUAAGUUCAACCAGCAUUUUCGGGAAUUACAUCAACAUGUACUGGCAAGAAUAAACUAAAGGCUAGUGUUUACUAUUCGUACCGUACCUUGAAAAAAGACAAUGAAAAUAUAGUGAAAUUCAUGAUGAUAGUUAGCUCUCAAGACAAGCAAACUCUUACAGCAGCUUGUGAGUUGGUUUCUUUUGGUACUGGACAUAUGCCUGAUUUUAUUUUUGAAAGCCUGGUCAAAACCAUUCUUGCAAGGCGAGAUGUGUUUCAUCGUAACUAUACUUGUAAAUAUUACUAGCCUAGUCACUUAAAAAAAUAUCACCCAAUUUGUGCAUACUUGUAAAAAGUUUAACUUGCAGACUUGAUGUGCUUGUAAAAGAAUUGCCUCGAACAAAAUAGAUUAUUUUGAUGUUGUAAGAUUGUUGUGGUAGUUGUGAUAGUUUUAAAUUCAUUCGACUGAAUAGAGAUAGCACCUCAACAUUUCAGUGGAUUAUGUCGUACGAGGGUCGUGCCUGUCUUAGUCCCCAAGUUCAUAUUGUCUAUCAGUGUAAAGCUUCACACAACAAAAGGCUCCUUUUCCUUCUUAGCUGACAUAUUUUUAUUUCACUUCUCAAUGUUUUAGGCCUUCUACAUCAGCAUAUACAUGUAUGAAGGAAAAUGUGUCUCGUGUUACUGUGAAGUGCCAGUUCCAGAAGGACUGCUUGGACUGCAUUUGUGGUUGGUACAAUGUAAUGCUAAUUUAGUAUAAUAUUUUUACAGAAUUAUUUAUCAUCGCACUUCACAUAUAACUAAAAUUGACAAAAGUGCAGUAAAUGCAUUAGAUUUUGUUUGUACUCUUUCUUGAUGUUAAUUUUUCAAAGAUGUGAUGCUAGUUGUGUGUACUGAGAGAAAAAAAAGCUUAUUUCAUUGUAGAGCCUUUUUACAAUGAAAGAAGCUGUAGUGGUAAGCAAGAUUAACCGUGCAAAACUGAUAUAAAUUCCUAUUUCGAAAUUGUUUGAUUAUUUUACUUUUACUCUUGAAUUUGAAGUGAAUUCACACUGUGUAGAAAUUGACCAUCUAAUUAUAUUUCAGAUAAGUAGUAUUAAAUAAAAAUUAUAUAUCAUCUUGAAAUAAUGUUAUCUUGCUGCAGAAGAGAUGUAAUGUGGUUGGGUUUUUUUAGGUUUGUUUAUUGAUAAGAUGUUCAGAAAGCUUUUAUCGUUACCCUUUCCUUAGAAGGCCGAAGUGUAAUUGACUUGCAUAUUGCUUGCGGCCCUAAAGACCAUAUAUGAGAAACCAGUAAUUUCUUCAAGUGGGCUUGACGGUCAGUUUCAAUUCAAAACUUAUGCCAGAAACUCAUAAAGAUCCUGGUGGGGUAGAUAAGUGCAGUGGCACGGCACAGUGGAAUCAAGGCACUGGACCACCUAUCAUAUGUCAUUUAUGCAUGGUAGUGCUAUCAAAUGCUUCUCCUGGGUUUUGAGGGCAGCUAAACUAGGCAGUACUGUAGGCCUACUAACAAUCUAAAGCCCGCACCACACGGUGAAAUUUGCGUGAUGCAAGUGACACGCGUGCACGUUGCGACAGGCAAAUUCUCACUGUGUGGGGUCGUUUUUUGCUGCGUAUCUUCCUCGCGUGUCGAGACGCAGCCGAUCUAGCAUGUUUGAUAUUUUCUCGACACGCGAGGAAGUUAAUCACCGUGUGGGGGCUACCUGCAGCAAUGUUGCACGAGUUCGACGAAUCACAACAAGCAGAUCGGUCACAUGAUUUAUAGGUCAGUCACAUGAUACCAAAAUGGCAGCGCCCGGGAACUGUCAAAUCCUAUGAGAAGUAUUAUGGACAGUGAGACAGUGAGAAUUUGCCUGUCGCAACAUGCACGCGUGUCACUUGCAUCACGCAAAUUUUCACCGUGUGGUGCAGGCUUAAGAUUCAGUCCUAACAUGCGCGUAGGCUAUAUAUAACGUCUUGUGAUUCAACCUCAUAAGGCCUCAUUUCCUGCUUUGGUACCGACAUGGGUUCAUUUACUAAAAAUAUUCAUCAUUUUUAUGAGGCCUUCCUGUAGUUUUUGCUGGGAAUAGCUGUGAUUUUAGCACAUGAUCCAGGGCAAGUAUGAACAAAGGACUACAACCUGACUUCCUGGAAUCUGACCCAGUGCACAUCAACACAAGAUUGGGAAAUCCCUGGGUCUCCUGAUCCUUGUUUGUCUUUGGCUACAGAUGUCUGACCUACAUUGGAAAUACAAGUAUGAAACUUCUGGAAAGCGGUUAUCAAUACCAGUAUUGUUAUCAUCAUUGACUUGGUUGAAUCAGGUUUUCUGUGAAAUGUUUGUUGCACCCUUAUUGUCAAAGAGUGUGAGAAACCAGUUAAUAAUUCUUGGGUUUAUGCAAGCCUAUCACAUCAGGCCUCAUACAAGGUCUAGUCAUGCCUAUAGAAUUGCUUUGUGAUAAGCACCGAGUCAUACAUGCGAGAAUAGGCUGUUAAGAGUUAUACAACGUAGGUAUGCAUAUUGAUAUGCAAUAUAAGAUCAGGCCACAUUGAGCUUUAUUCAUGAACCCUGAAUAUGCCUAUUGAACAUUUUUGGUGAUGUGCCAAUUCUCCCGCAUAUUUGGGUAGGUUGUUCGUGUAUGAACUGGAUCGCUGGAUCUUGGGGUAUAUUUGUCUGAAUAUCUUGAGGUCUGUUUGGAUUGAAAGCACUGCAAAGUGAGUGGAGAUUCCAAUUAGUUCACUACCUACACAGUCUGUUGGGGUUUUUUGUACAUUAAACGCUUUCCCAACUGCACAGCCUACCUUGUACACAUCGAAUAUGAUGAGUUUUGUGCAGGUGGUUUUUCAUGCCCACACACCUGUAUGAACUCCCUAGGCUCUGGAUGCAGCCCAAUUUGUCAUCAUAUUUCUCAUGAAGUACAAGGGCAGUACCACUGCGUCCAGAGUGUAGAAUUACCUAGUCCUCAUCUACCAUUCCAAGAGAUAUAUGAUAAAUACAUAAAUCUUCCGUCAUGCUUGUAGGCCUACUUUAUUUGGUGGUCAGACAUUUCGUAGUCAUCCAGUCAAUUCAAGAGAAAGGUAGGUAAAAGCUCAGCUGUGUGAUAUUCAUGACAGUGUUAGCUGUUCUUUCCCAUGUCUCUUUCACCACAGACAUCUUCUAUGUAUUUCAAUACAUCUUCUGGGAGAAAAUAUUGUUGUCAUCAUCAUAUACCGCACAAUCGCUAUGAACAUAUUUACCAGUUAAUCUAUCCGGUGAUAUAUUUCAUCCUUAUGUGAAUAAUUCCUCAUUACGAUUCAUGGGCUCAUUUCGGCUUGUUUGCUCCUAAACAUAAAUAGAACACAUCACAUUCAACAGUAAAUUAUCAUCUUUCUUCUUCUUGAUAUCAAGCGGUAAAAUUCGGAACAAUAUAUAAAAAAGUUCGGGUAAUAAUGAUGUAUUCAUUUUGAUUUCUGACAUGCUUUAAUCCUAUCAUUUCUGAAACCACUUCAAAUUGAUAUUAAAAAAUGAUAAGUUAGAUUUUAAUUAAAUUAGCAACGUAAUUUCUGUAGAUUUCAUUUCACGGUUUGGAUUAUUUUGCGGAGUACUGUUUUCUCUGUCUUUCACUAUACUUCUAUAUUAGUUCUCUGUUGUAUUGUGAAAGUGCUGUAAAAUGCAUGAACCUGGGGGCAAAGCUGGGAUCACCAAAAACUUCUGAAAAUAAAAAAUAUACAUGUUUCAUA